ACCGUAUAACCGUAUGUCCAUACCUAACCGUCUUUCUCUAUCUCCAUCCCUAUCUAUUUCUUUCUCCCUCACACACUCGAAGGAGUGUGACCCGACCUGACCUGACCAUGAAAUGGGUUUGAAAGACCCCGAUUUACACCUUCUCUGACCCUUCAAUUCCUCCCUCUACAUCUUUCGAAUCCAUUAUUAUUGUUAAAAAAUAAAUAAUUAAUUAAAAGGAAAUUUCCAACAGUGACAUUUUGAUUCCGAUAGAUACUUUCUUAGGGUUCGGAUCCUUCGAUCCAUUGUCGCCAUCUUCAUUAUCAUCCCCUCUAUCUCUUUGACACUGUGUGUGCGCGAGCGUGUUCUGCGCUGCAUAGAUCUUUCAAAGCUUCCAAGCGAAUCUGUGGUUGAAUCAAAGCAAAUCGUGCUUUGAUGGAGAUUUGAUUAUUGCACGCUUCUCGAGUGUUCUUGGGGUGAUGGACUCAGAUGGUCUUGUACCUGUUGAUGGGCUUGAGGCAACCCAUCAAAAUGGUGUUCACGAGCAACUUCCCGCUUUUGGAGAGGAUGGAGCUGUUUUAGAUAAUGCAAAAAGGACUGUCAGUAAAAGUUCAGAGCCAGCGGUGCCAAAUGGGUAUUUGGAGAAUGUUGUCAAGUUGGAUGCUGAUGCAAUUAUUAACUCCUCUACUGGGGAAGUCAAUGAGAGAUCAGACGUUCCCUACACAUCUAAGGAAGGGGAGGUGAAAAAUGCAGAUCAUUCAAAGCAAUCCAAACCUCAAAAGGCGCAAGGUAAGAGCAAGAAUGAGAAGGCCCUGAGCCUGAAAAGUGCUUCAGCAGCUGGGGUGGUGAGGAGCAAUAAUGGAAAAGAUGUCGAGAGAACAUCUAUUUCAAAUGGUUCAGAUGGUUUGAAUAUGCACCCAACAAAUAUUAAGCAAUCUGGAAAGUCUGUAGGAGCACCGUCUAAAGGACUUGAGGAUAAGACAAAAAUGAAGCCCUUGAAAAAAGGAUCUGGUGGUAAAGCCGAUGACACACAACCUUCCUCUCCCUCGGGAGGAGAUGCUAAACUUCUCAAGGUUGGUGCACUUCCAAACUAUGGUUUCAGUUUUAGGUGUGAUGAACGAGCUGAGAAACGGAGAGAGUUCUAUUCUAAACUUGAGGAAAAGAUUCAUGCAAAGGAAGUAGAGAAGAAUAACUUGCAAGCCAAGUCCCAGGAAACACAAGAAGCUGAGAUCAAGAUGCUUAGAAAGCGUUUGACCUUUAAAGCAACCCCCAUGCCAAGCUUCUAUCAGGAGCCUCCACCUCCUAAAGUGGAGUUGAAGAAGAUACCACCAACAAGAGCUAAAUCUCCCAAGCUUGGCCGAAAGAAGAGCUCUGAGACUGAAGGGAAUGGUACCAGUGAUAGAAUAGUCAGGCUAAGUCUAGAUGAGAAAGUCUCCAAGGAAAACCCUGCCAAAGGUACCAUCCAUCCUAAGAAGCCACAACGAAAGUCUCUUCCUAGAUUGCCUUCUGAAAAUACCAAUAUAUCUAACGCAAUCAUUCCAGAAAAAACCACUUCAACUAAAGCUAAGCAUGAGAAAUAUGACACCCUCUCCGAUGCAACUAAUAAAGAACAUAAUAACUUGGACAAUGCAAGAAAUGAAGAGAAGACUGCCAUGUCCAAUGCAACAGAUGAAGAGAAUAUCAAUAUGUCCAGUGAAAUGAAUGGAACUUCAUCUAUCAUUGAAGACCCCGAGGCAGUUCCCAUAGCUGAGCCAAGUGAAACUCAAGCGUGUAAAGAUUAUGGGGCAGAGGUAGAAGAGCAGCCUCAUGCCACCUUGAUUCAAGAAGCCACACCAUUGGAGAAUUAAACAAAAUGUGGCAAUAGAAUGAGAUGAGCACUUAUGGAGCCCUCUCUAUUUCCUGAAAAUAAGACUUAUAAGACCUGAAUUAUUUGACGAUGAAGGCAUGAAGGAUUUUGCAUUAUGGUUUGUGAUAUCGUCCUGUCCAUAGCAGCAUUGGUUAUUUUGUGUGCUUUCAAGGUUGCUGGUAUUGUCAUAGGAGUUUGCAUUCCAGCUUGCAGCACUGUAUGUAACUAUUUGUCAGGUUGUUUUAAUUUAUAAGUUCAAGAAUUGAUUAGUUA